UCAUCAAAUAGUUACAAGAAGCACUCAUUGAUUAGCAAAGACUUCAGUUUGGUUUUAUCAACCAGACAUGGAGUAUCUAAAAUACUGCCAAACUUAUAUCAAGGGUACUGGCUUAGCUUCUAAUAGUUCCCUUUUUAGAAACAUUUUAGCAAAAUAUUUUUUCCUACCACCCUGUUUUCUCAUAAUUGCUUUCUCAAUUCACGAAUUAUGGGACACAAAUAACAACGACGUUUCUCUCGUGACCGAAGUCUUGGAAUGUGUCGCGUCUUACACUCAACUAAUAAUACGAAAAUAUAUUGUCUUCACUCAAAGCGAUCUAAUGGUGGAAAUUAUCAAUGACUGCGGGAAGCUAUGGCCCUUUGAUAUGUUUGGCUCAGAACUUGGCAAAAAAUUCAAACAACAAAUGAAAACUUGUUGGACUUUAGUUAAAUUUUUAGUUGUUUGUGGCUUUGCAACUUUUUUUCUUAUGUGUAUAAGUGCCCGCGCCGCCGAGAGGGACAAUUCACUACCGUUCCUUUGCUGGGUUCCGGAUUUUCCCUACGCCACUGAGCUGUUAUUUUUUUUACAAUUUAUGCUUCUAUUGGAACUUCUUUAUUACGUACUGGCCACAGACGCGUUCUAUAUUCUGAUUUGUAUGGAUAUUCAAAUACAGUUUGAAAUGAUGGGAAAAAUGUUAAAAUCCAUCAAGUUUGGAGAAAUUUCAGAGAAGGAAUGUUGGGACAAAUUGGUCGAGUUGGCAAAACAGCACGAUAGAAUGUUGAAGCUUCACCAAAAACUGAAUCAAGUUUAUUCGAAAUAUUAUGUAGUGCAAUAUUUCAUGACGGUUGGUUCCAUGACCGUUCAAGCAUACAAUUUAAAAUACAGGAUGGUCAACAUUCAAACAGCAUUAAAAAGCAUUGUGUACACUUUUUCGCUUAUGUUUCAAUGCGGUUAUUACUUUUUUCCUGCCAGUAAUAUAGAAAUUGAGGCUGAGAACUUUUCAACAGAAAUUUAUUUUCUAAACUGGCAAAACAUCGGAAACAUAAAAAUUAGAAAACACAUUCUCUUUAUGCUCAUGAAAUCUCAAGAAAAUUUGGCAAUGAUGGGCGAAGGCAUGGUGCAUGUAAAUCGAAACGAGUGUCUUAUGAUGUUUCGUCUCGCGUUCACAAUUGCUACUCUUUUAGAUGGUUUAAAUCAAGUAUAAAUUCAAGUUCACUUAUGUUCACUUAGAAAUAAUAAAGCACACCGAACAUUUCUCUCUGUCUUCUUUAUUAUUUCC